AAACCGAGGCAGUAAACUAUCCAAUUCAUUUGGCCACUAUUUGUAAUAAGUGUCAAAGCAAUUUCACACGUGAUCUAUUUUGUCCGAUUUGUCUCAAAAUUUAUUCGGAAGAUGGGCAAGAAAAUGACGACGAUAAAUAUAUGGUCUGUUGUGAUGUAUGCGACCGAUGGAUUCACGCCAGGUGUGACGAGACUCUCACACCUGAAAGAUAUCAAGAAUUGGCAGAUAUUCCCGACGCCAAGUACAUAUGUCCAUUGUGCGAGGCUCGUAUUCGACCACUAGAAGAAGGAAAUAAAGUGCAACAAAAAGCCUUGGCUGGAAAUCCAUUGGCAAUACCAGUUGCAAGGAUUUCAGGCCAUCCCAUUCGAGGGAUCAUAAGUUACAAGGGAAAAAAUGUAGCUGUACCAGAGAUUCCAGGAUGGGAAAAGAAUUAG